AACUCCAUGCUCUAUGGUGCGGCGCGGCAUAACAUGACAUGCAGUGCACUGCGGUACCAUGUAAUCGCUCGCUGACAAUUAGCCUUUCAUCAACAUGAUGAAGAGAAACCUUCUGAAGCUCCUAGAGGAAGGUGUUGUGAUUGGGGACGGUAGCUACGUGGUCUGUCUAGAGAAGAGAGGCUAUGUGACUGCUGGAACAUGGACACCCGAAGCAGUUGUGAAGUAUCCAGAAGCAGUGACCCAGCUGCACCGAGACUAUAUGCGGGCUGGCGCCAACGUCCUAACAACUUUCACAUUCUAUGCCCAGGAUGAUAAGCUGGCAUUUCAGGGAAGGAGCGAGGAACCAGACCCACAAGGCAACGGCCAGACUAUCGAUGCACGUACUCUGAAUCUUCAAGCCUGUGACUUGGCUAGGCAGGUCGCCUCUCAGGGUGAUGCGCUGGUAGCCGGCGGGCUGUCCCCAGUCAUGUGCUACUGUGUGGACAAAGGCAAAGAUAAUGUCCAGAAGGAAUUCAAGAAACAGCUAGAUGUCUUCAUGGAAAAGGACGUGGACUUUGUGCUAGGAGAGUUUUUUGGCACCAUCCAGGAAGCAGAAUGGGCAGUUGAGGCUAUGAAGGCCCUUGGCAAGCCAGUGGCAUGCACCAUGAGGAUACCGCCCAUCGGGGACGAAAAUGGUGUCCUUCCACAGGAGUGUGCUGUACGUAUGGUCAAAGCAGGGGCGGACGUCAUUGGCGUGAACUGCAUGUUUGACCCGAGCAUUUGUCUCAAGACCCUGGCCCUGAUGAAGCAAGGAUUGGAGGAGGCGGGGCUGAAGGCCCACCUCAUGGCACAGCCCGUCGGCUACCACACCCAGGAGAUUGAGAACGAGGUGCGGGGAUAUUUAGUCCUGCCAGAAUUCCCUUUUGCCAUGGAGCCCCGCUUAUUAACUCGUAUGGAUGUGCAGCAGUUUGCGCGGGAGGCGUACAAGUUAGGAGUGCGAUACCUCGGAGGCUGCUGUGGGUAUGAGCCAUAUCACAUCAGAGCGAUUGCAGAAGAGUUGGCACCUGAGAGGGGUAGAGAUAUCCCGGGGGCAGACAUGAGCAGCAAAUGGGAGAUCUUGAAAAAAAGCGUUUUUGAGGAGAUGUGGGAAAGGGGAAAUGCAGAAUAUUGGAAGAAGCUUGUUCCAGCAGCUGGCAGGAAGAUCAAAUUGCUGGCCGAUGUAAAGUAGCAACCUUAUCUUGUGCAAAUGGCAUUGAAGAAUUUGAUCAGCUUAUAAUUAAGGCUGCGUUUUGGAGAAAACCUGCUUUGAGAACUCGGACAAAAAAUGUCAGAUUUGAGUCAGGUUCAACAGUAUGAGGAAUGACUGUAGAUUAGGAUCAUAAACAAAAACCUUUGGUUAUUUUUAUGUUAAAAGUGUGAUUGAAAACAAGCAUUUUAUGCAAAUAUUGAAUCUAAAAAAGGUCCCAGUAUUAAGCUGGAGUCUAAAAAGAACAAUGUUUUAAAAAGUAAUCUCAAACUCAUUUGAAUGUCGACAAAACAAAAUAACAGUAUUUGAAAAUUGUGCCAUGGAAUUCAUCUCUGAUAUUGUUAAAAAUACUCAUCAAUAUCUGUUAUCGUUUAUCUUGAUGACCAUGCAAAAUAUUGAUUCAUGCACAUGCACUGUUUGUGUCAGGCAAAGCGUUUAUCUAUUAUUUUAUUUGGACCCUCUCUAUUUGUUUGCAUUUGGGAUGACCUGUAUGUCGCUGUGUGUAUUUAUAUCCUGUGUUAUGUUUGGGGGAUUAUUUUAAGUUGAUGAUAAUAACGUGAUCAUAAUCUCUCAAGGCUGUCCCGAAAAUGGCUCGUCAUGAUGACAUGGUAGUCAUUUGUAGAGUUUGUUGUGCCAUAGUAAUUGAUAACUGCAUGGAAAAGAAACAUCCUUUUUUCUAUUUUGGACAUUUUUAACGCCCUUAUAGUUAAGGGCAGGGUUCAACUUUAGUGGUAGCCCCCUUGCCAAAUGUUAGUCAAAACAGCGGCGGGCUGGUCAAACUAUUCCUUAAGUAGCCCGUCUGGCAAGUCAAAAUAUAUUGGGCAAAGUUGAAAGGACAGAAAUACAUAAAUCAUU